AUGGAUAAUGCCAAUCUCUGUCCAAAUAGCGAAUCACCGUCGCCUGUAGACGCAACUUUACCUGCUGCUCAUCAUCUGCCUGGUCUGCCGCUAAGCAGAGAUUCUGUAGAUCUCGAUGCCCAAGCUGUGGUGUUGUCAGGGCAGAUGACAAGAAAAGCACCCGAUUUUGCCGAAAACGAAAGAGACCAUCGAAAGAUCGUAAAUCAACCAAGUGCCGGAAAGAAUUUCAUCAUAGCCCAGCUUGUGCCUAGACCAGCUAAGCCUGAAGAUCUGACAAUAUCUGAUCAUCAGAUUGCAGUUCCACUGACUAGUUCACGGUUGUGCUAUCUAAUGUGA